AUGGGGAAAGAUAAAAGAAUAGACGUUGGUCGGUUCUCGGUGUCGAAGCGACCUUCGCCGGAAGAUCUAGACAAUGAGGACAAGGGUUAUACGUCACCUGAUCUCGCAACAAAAUUUGUUAAUGUCGAGGGCAGCUCUACAGCCGCACUUGACAAGGAUGCUGCGGACGACGACCAUGUGAUUAUGAUGGUGGAGACUUCAUCGACUGAGGUGCCCCUAUCCGCUGGACAGGCCACCUCAGCCACAGAUUCGGGUGUUGACGACGCCUUCCAACGGACUAUAAACAAAUAUGAUCUGCAGGAUCUUGGAGAGAAAAUCAGGGCAUUGCAGGACACACCGACUGUACCCGAAAUCGUCAAAAAGAUCAAGAAGGGCAAUGUGCAAAUGACUCAGAUCACUGCCGCACCACUGCUGCCUAAGGAUGUGGCUGAGGAACUCAGAGCACAUAAAGACCUGAUCAUGUUUGCAACCGUGGCCGAUACCACAGUGGUGAUGCUCGACAUAACAUCACAGACAGCCGAGGGCAUCACAGAGCAUCUGCUUCGCACUGUAGUCGAAAGGGAUGAACUGGAAGAAGAUAUGAUUCCAGAGAUAAUGGAGACGUUGUUGUCGGAGGUACAAAACGAGCACGGCCCGUUGCAGCAGUGGCGUCGCAGUAUCCAAGGCACUGGGUUCAUCCUGGCACUUGCAGAGGUGAGUGAGAUGAAGACACGACACGUCGUCAUUGCCCGAUUGCGUACACCCCUUAAUCUGGGUUCGUGGGAUGGGUCGAAAACCAAGUUUGUGGGCCUUAUACUUGCACCUCCCGGAUCAAAAAGGACCAAAAAUGUCCAAGAAACGGGGCACACCUUUGCAACACUUUUUGCCGAUCAUGACUUCAUGACGGAGGCAACCAAGGCCGACAGAUCGGAACUUCUGCAAUUCGCAGCGCUCAAAUUCGUGCGGUCUGAAGUGUCGACACGGGAACAGAUUGCGAGUCAUGUGGAAGAGAACACUGCUGAUGAGGAGGAAAGUGAUAUGUUCAGAGGGCUUAGAGGGGGUGGACGCAUACUCGGGGGUAUUACGGGCGAUCUCAAGCGAAGGUGGAAGUGGUACAAAUCAGACUUCCUGGAUGGCAUACACCCGGUGGACUGGGCGUCGGUGCGUGUGUAUCUGGUGGGUGUCAUCUCACUGUACUUUGCAUGUGUAGUGCCGUGCAUUGCCUUUGGUGCUCUGUGGAAUAGCAUGACUGCGCCAGAGAUCUGCGACAUUGACGACCCCACACAUUGCCAGCCGGCAUCCAACCAGGCACCUAUCGGUGUGACUGAGGUUCUACUCUCAGAGGCCAUCUGUGGUAUUAUAUUCUCUAUCUUUGGCGGGCAACCUCUUCUCGUACUUCGUGCUUCCGGUCCCAUAGCCAUCUUCGGAGGUGUCAUCUUUAGUUGGAGUGUGACCCUAGACAUCCCGUUCUUGGAAUUCUAUGCGUGGGUGGGUAUCUGGGCGUGUUUGUACUGCAUGAUCAUCGGUGUAGUAAACAUGUCAUACUUUGUCGUGUUCAUCGGGAGAUUCACGGAGGAAGCCUUUGCGAUGCUAAUUUCGUGUAUUUUCAUAGCCAAGGCUAUCACACACAUCGUUACGGAGUCAACGCUCACCGUGGAUGCUGCAGACGCCAAUAGUCACACAGAAGACUUCCUGCUGUCGCUUACUCUGGUAGUGGGCGUGUGGUUGAUCGCCAUGUACUUCACCUCGUUCUAUGGCAGCCCUUAUCUCAGGCCUGUGCUCAGAUAUGUCCUGUACAUGUUCGGCCCACUCCUUGCGUUUGUGAUGAUGACUGGCUUCUCGUACAUCCCCGCGCUCCCCCAUGUUGCACGCCUGGACGCCGAGGUGUCGGCUGAUAUAGCCAUUGACACUACCAGUGGUCGUCCGUGGUGGGUUGAUUUCUACACACUGGAGAUCAAGUGGGUGAUGUUAGCUGCUUUGGCGGCUGUACCGUUGACAAUGAUUGUGUACUUGGAACAGAAUGUAUCUGCCCUUCUCAUUGGCAGCCCAGAGAACCGCCUCAUGAAGGGCGAUGCUUUCCAUUGGGACAUGGUACUCACCGGCAUGUUGUUGGCUGUAAGCUCUGUGCUAGGCAUGCCAUGGUGUCAUGGUGCUUUGCCCCACUCAGUGAUCCACCCACGCUUACUGGCCGAUACGGAGGAGUAUGAGAAGAACGGUGUAUAUCACACGCAUGUUGUGAGGAGCCGUGAGACGCGUUGGGUCAAUCUUAUCGCACACAUUUUCUUCCUAUUUACUAUCCUGGCUAAGCCCCUUCUGCGCAUCUUGCCGGUAGACGUCCUGUAUGGCUACUUCCUGUACCUGGGGGUGGCGUCCUUACAAACCAACCACCUGUACACACGCCUGUUGCUGUGGUUCAUGCAGCCAGAGAACUACCCGCCCUCCCACUAUGUGCGGAGGGUGCCUAUAAAGACCAUCCAUCUGUUCACCUUGUGCCAAUUCGUAGCCUUUCUGGUGCUGUGGUUCGUGCAUGAUAACUUCUAUCUGGGCGAUGACCUGCUGGUGCCUCCGGCCUUGUUCUUCCCGGUGGUGGUCUUCCUAUGUAUACCGGUUAGGAGAUACCUACUUCCGGUGUGGUUCGAAGAGAAGUAUCUCAAGAUCCUGACCGAGGAUGAACCCGAAGAGGUGCACUCAACCCUCAAUUGGGUGGGUGGGGCGGCCCGUGACUCGUUGCUACCACCAGACAACGAGAACAGCGAACACCACAGACAACAGCACCAGAACGCGCGACUGUCGCUCCAUUCCCAAACAAGCACUCUCGGGGGCAAGCACGAGGUAUCGUACAAAUCGGGCGACAAUAGUGCAUCAUCAUCCUCUCCAAUGGCCAAACGGUCGAAGGACAAGCGCAAGCAGUCCAACCCAGUCGAACUAGAAGGUAUUUCCACUAUCAACAGGUGAGCUCGGAGGACAUAUAGCCCUCUCUCUGGGAACGUAGCAACUUAUGUGCUACAUACAACCCCUUGUUGUGAAACCCUGUGAGUUCAUGUAGGUAGACAUGUAGGUGCAAUACAGAGUAGGGGACGCACACCACCCAACGGUACUGCUGAAGUUUAUACGAAUCCCGUGGUUUUAGGGGUUUUUUAUGUAAGAUUUCAGGGCUUUAGGGUUUUUAAACCUUAAAACCGUGGACUGCUUGACGGUCUCAGUGUAGUGAAGGGCAUCCAUACCGUAACUCCAAACAGCAGAAACGACAAUUCAAGCGACCGGGCGCAUGUAGGGAGAUAUUUAAUUAGAGCGACAGGAAAUACAGGGAGCCUAUAAGUAUACAUAUUUGGUAGUUGGUGGGGUUCCUAUGGCUAUAGGUCUUACCAUCACAAAUUUUGGGGCGUUAAGACUAGUUAAGCUAGAUGUGUAGGGAAACUGAGUUCUGGCGCGUGCAUGCCGGCGAGUUGGCUUCUCGAAGGGCGAGUGCAGUGGAGAGCCCCCUAGAACAUGUAGAACUAGCGUGUAGUUCAAUAUGUGUAGGAUGCUAGAUGUGAACGAGACACACGAACGGCACGGUGAGAUGGACAUCGUGAGCCGUGUGGAUAGAGUGGACGGUAUAUUUAUUCUCAACACGUUGAACGUCCGUAGUAUAUAUACAGUAAUCAGUCACACGCUGAUGCUUGGUCCGUGACAGUGUACUGGGCUUGCCGAUGAAUGAAUAAUGGACAGGCUUCCUGCUUCGCGCGCGGUUCGGCGAGGUUAAGAGGGGUUUGCACUCACUAUCAGGCAAUAUUCACUAGUCAAUGCCUGAGGACACUCAAGGCCACACUCGCCCACGGACGCCCACAUGAACGUAAGUACAAAUAUGCACAAGUGUGAUAACUCCGCAGAGUACAUGGCCCCGUGUCUACGGUAUAUUUAUAUGGCCUUUGUUUGAACCCGUCUGAGGAAGUUUGUGCCGGUAAAUAGAUGCUGUCUGGUAGCGAAGAGGAGAGAGAGAUGGAGGUGAUUACAGUAUCACAGCAUACGCAGGCGGAUGUUUCUAUUUGUGUGGCUUGCAACCAGAGAGACGAGUGCACCUGCGUUCGCCUAUGUGGUACUGACGAAUGCUGAUAGCGAAUGCUUGUAUAGGUACGCUCAGUUGUGACACAGUUCUUACACAUGAGUAGUCACCGGCACCGCGAAGGGCGAGGAAACUGGAGGAAAUAUGAGAGACCCGUCGCUUGAAUAUAGAAUUGAUUAGCCUCGCAUAGUGCACUCAUUGUGGGGGAUCGGCGACUGACAAUCAACAAUUCUCAAACGUGACACAACUCGUAGUAGAGUAUUUAAAUGAGAAAACUUUAGUUAAUUUUUAGGUAUUAGUUAUCAGUUAAAAAUUAAAUAAAACUUCCAAACUUGGAAGAGUUUAUAUUUUGGAUACCUUGGAGAUGCUGC